GCUGCUUUUGGCAGAGGGGAGGGUCAGGUGUGGUCAGAGGAGCUUCAGUGUAGAGGCAGCAAAUUAGAGAUUUCCUUCUGUUCAUCAUCACUCAAACACAACUGCUCCCAUGAAAGUACUGUGGGUCUGGUUUGUGCUGACAGUGUGAGGUUGGUGGAUGGUGGCAGUCGCUGUGCUGGCAGAGUGGAGGUUCUUCAUAGAGGGCAGUGGGGAACAGUGUGUGAUGAUGGCUGGGAUAUGAGUGAUGCUGCAGUGGUGUGUAGAGAGCUGCAUUGUGGGGUCGCUGUAGCUAAAUUGAGUAAUGCCCAUUUUGGACCAGGAUCAGGACAAAUCUGGAUGGAUGAUGUGGACUGUAGUGGAUCAGAGUCUACACUGAAGAACUGUAGAUCAGCAGGAUGGGGUAAACAUAACUGUCAUCAUGGUAUAGACACUGGAGUCAUCUGCUCAGGUCACAGAAUGUCCAGACUUGCUGAUGGAUUCCACCUGUGCUCCGGGAGAGUGGAGGUGCGUCAUGGAGAGACCUGGUCCACCAUGUGUGAUGCUGACUUUGACCAGCAGGAUGCAGAGGUUGUGUGUCGAGAGCUGGGCUGUGGGCUUCCUGUGGAGGUGCUGGGAGCAGCUGCUUUUGGCAGAGGGGAGGGUCAGGAGUGGUCAGAGGAGUUUCAGUGUAGAGGCAAUGAAACUCAGAUUUAUUUCUGUCCAACAUCAUCUUCACUCAAACACAACUGCUCCCAUGACAGAGAAGUGGGCCUGGUGUGUUCAGGUCACACUCAGGCUUGGCUGGUAAACGGCUCUGACUCCUGUUCUGGUCGAGUGGAGCUCCAGUACCUCAGUGAGCGGGGCACAGUGUGUGAUGUAAGCUGGGAUAUGAGAGCUGUCAGUGUCCUAUGUGGUCAGCUGAAGUGUGGGAGUGCUGUGGCUAUGUUGGGGUCAGACUGGUUUGGGGAGGGGAGUGGCCAGAUCUGGGCUGAUGUGUUUGAUUGUCAGGGGAACGAAACACACCUGUCAAAAUGUCCCAUUUCAUCAUGGAGUCGAACUGCAUGCUCUCAUAAACAGGAUGCUGGAGUCAUCUGCAGUGGUUCCUCUCUCGUGUCUCAUGAAGGGAGAGUGAGGUUGUAUGGAGGGAUGGAGUGUGAGGGGGAGGUGGAGGUGUUCUUCUUGCAGGACUGGAGGAGAGUUCUGCUGGACUCCUGGAGUGAGUCUGAGGCCUCUGUGGUCUGCAGACAGCUGGACUGUGGCUCUGUGUUCAGCUUCUCCAGCUCCUCUACAUCCAGUCCUGAGCACAGUCACAUGUGUGUGACGGGUUUCAAUUGUUCUGGAAGUGAAGCUCAUCUGGGGAACUGCAACAGCGCACACGCAGUCAACUGCAGCUCCAGAGAACAGCUCUCAGUCUCCUGCUCUGGUAAGUUUAAUUCAGCUCACAGCUCCAUCAGGCUGGUUGGUUCUGGGGGAGACUGUGCAGGAAGGCUGGAGGUUUUCCACAGUGGCUCAUGGGGGACAGUGAGUGAUGACUUCUGGGAUAUUAAGGAUGCGCAGGUGGUCUGCAGACAGCUGCAGUGUGGAGUGGCCCUCAGUGCUCCAGUACCAGCCCAGUUUGGAGCAGGAACUGGACCCAUCUGGCUGAAUGAGGUGGAGUGUGAGGGGAGUGAGACGUCCCUGUGGAACUGCAGAUUUCAGCUGUGUGAAAAGGAUGAAUGUGGACACAAGGACGAUGUAGGAAUCAUGUGCUCAGAGUAUAAAGAGUUCAGACUCACUGAGGGCUGUGAGGGGAAUCUGGAAGUUUUCUACAAUGGAACCUGGGGCAAUGUGUGUGUAAAUGGGAUGGAUGAAGAAACAGCAAGUUUGAUCUGUCAGGAGCUGAACUGUGGAAGAUCUGGCAGUGAGAGGGCUACCAAAGCAAGAGUGGAAUCAGCUCCUAACUGGCUGGACAAUCUGAAAUGUAGGCGUCAUGACUUCUAUUUGUGGCACUGUCCAUCCUCACCCUGGAGACAGAACUACUGUAAUAAAAACAACGAGGUGGCUAAAAUUACCUGCUCAGAAAAGAAAAAUGAUCGUGUGUUACGAAGUCAUCUGACAUGUUCUUCAUCUCCUCAUCACAGACACUGCUCAAAUCACCUGCCUCUCAGGCUGAGAGGAGGAGAAGGAAGCUGCUCUGGGAGACUGGAGGUGUAUCAUAAUGCUGACUGGGGGUCUGUCUGUGAUGAUCUGUGGGACAUCAGGGAUGCUCAGGUGGUCUGCAGGCAGCUGGGCUGUGGGCCGGCGCUGAGUGCUGAUGGGAGUGCUGUCUUUGGUGCUGGUGUAGGGCCUAUCUGGCUGAACAGAGUGAAGUGUAAAGGGAAUGAGAUUCACCUGUGGGACUGUCCUCAUUCCCUGAAGGAACACACUGACUGCUCCCACAGGCAGCACGCUGGAGUCACCUGUGCAGACAUAUCUGUACCUUCUACUGCUGUACCCAUAAUUACAACCACCACCUCCAUCACCACAGUUGGUCAGACAGUGAAGAGAAAAGACACUCCUCCACCAGCUGUUCCGUCCAUCUAUCCAGUGUCUCUCCUGGUUCUGGGAGCGAUGCUCUUCCUGGCCUUAGUGCUUCUGGUUGUGCUGUUUUAUCAGAACAGAGUGCUCAGGAGAGUGCUCUCUAAGAGGAGGCGUAAGACUCUGACUGAGACAGUCUAUGAGGAGAUCGACCGUAGAUACAUCACUAAAAGAAAUGACUCAACUCAAAGAGGAAGUGUCUUCUCUGAAGGACAGCAUUCGGGAUAUGAGGAUGUGGAUGAGGAGCUUCUCUCAGGAAGUGUCCUCUCUGAAGAACAGCAUUCAGGAUAUGAGGAUGUGGACGAGGAGCUUCUCUCAGAAAGGUCUCUGACUGGAUUAAAGGCAGAAGAUUAUGAUGAUGUCACCACCAGUGGCCUGAUAAGUGACUCAACAAAAGAGGACCCAGCAGAGAGCUAUGAUGAUGUCAUCACUGCUGGACAGAUCUCUGGUAGUAUAGCAGAGGACACAGCGGAGAAUUAUGAUGAUGUCAUCACUGCUGAUCAGAGCUCAGCUGUUGUAACAGAUGACAUGACAGAUAACUAUGAUGAUGCUGUUACUGCUGAACCAAACUCCAGCAUUAUGACAGUGGACACACCAGAGAACUAUGAUGAUGUCAUCACAGCUAAACAUGACAUAGGAGGGGUAAAAGACUAUGAUGACGUGGAGGAGGCGCCUCAGACAGAGAUGAAUCAUGUGACUGAGAGACCACAGCCAGUGUCUUUCCUCAGGAAACUACAUUCAAACCUCUUCAAGCUCAAGAAAUGAUUUUAUCAUCAAUCACAAGUCAAAAUGUUUUGAGGAGCAUAAAUGAGAUAAAGUGGUUUAAACAGCCCCUAAUUUACAUAAACAAUUUACAGUUAUAAAUUAUAAAUUUUUAACACUU